AUGUCUCUUCAGGGUCUCAUCUCCGGCUCCGAAUGUGCUGUUCCGUUUAACCCGCUCUCGCAAGUGCUGAAGCACACGGAGGGAGACCGUAGCUUGCAGCAGGAUAGAGUCGCGGGCCCAUCUUCGUCCCGACUCCAACAUCUCCCCAGUACGGCAUCUGCCCCAGGAGCAGAACGGGACCUCGCGCUCGCUCGCCAGUUCUUCGACGGCAACGCCCCGCAAGCUGGUGCCAGCGCAUUUGCGCUCGCGACGCAGCUUCCGCAUGCCGCGCGGCCCAUGGACGUAGCCAUGCGAUCCGGGCCUGAUCUCGGCAAAGCUUGGAGCGACAUUCAAGGGCGGCCGGGGUUGCAGAGCCAGACUCCGCGCAGCCAGGCCGGGCCGCAGAUGAGCUCGCACUGGGCGACGGAGUUCAGUAGCAACUCGGCCAUGUCGCUUCAUGGUCCCGCGCAGAGUGGCAGUGUGCAGCAUUCUGAAUAUAAUCAGUCUUCGUACAUGCAGUCGAGCAUGUACCGCCCUAUGACGGGCUCUGGGUACAUGUACGGCUCCAGCUUCAGCUCUGUCGGUACACCGCUCCAGAUGUCUGACAAGGGGAAGGGGAAGGAGAUUGACUUCGAGGCAGCGUUUGCUGAGGCUACUGCUUCGUUCUCCAGUCAGGCCGAUAGUGGCAGGAUCGUCGAGGUUGAGGAUGACGUGGGCGACCUGGCAGAUACUCUGCAGGAUACCAAUUUGGCCGAACAAGAUGGCGCCCAGAGCGAGGCCGAACAGUAUGCUACCGAUUUUCAGCAUAUGUGGGACCAAUUACAGAACUCCGAGGUCCCUCCACCACAGGAGGAUAUGACGAAGUGGGAAGCACAAUUCAACCAGUUGAUGAACUCGCAGCGCGACAACGAAGAGAACUUCAGCGAGUACGGCGAUUUCGCGCGGCAAGUGUGGAAUGAAGACCAAAGUAAUUACGAUUUCACGACCAGCGAGUCGCGAGUCGAGUUCACAAAUGAGGGACUGCCCAUUUUGGGUCCCUACACCUUCGAGAAGGACAACAGACAUCUUGACCCGUCUACCUCAGGCCGGUCGCAUCUGCAAGCUGCGAAAGACCUGCUAGAGCAAAACGGGUCGUUAUCUGAGGUGUCGUUGCUGUUGGAGGCCGCGAUACAGAAAGGCGAGUUAGGCGAAGGUGGCUAUGAAUCGUGGAUCAUGCUCGGUGAGGUGAAGAGCAUGGACGAGCACGAGGACGCUGCCAUGCGCGCCCUCACCGAAGGCACUCGGAGAGCAGAGGAAGCCGGUGCUGCUGGUCAAGGCAUGCUGUCCCUCGCUAUCUCGUACACGAACGAGUCCUUCGAGCGCGCGUCACACACGAUGCUCUUGCAAUGGCUGAAGGCCCGCUUCCCCGACUAUCACAUUUCGGAGGAAGCGUGGAAGUCCCUGAGCGGAGCGGGCUGGCACUCUCAUGAGCGUGUCACUGAGGCGUUCCUCGGGUUGGCUCGCGUGCAAUACAGCGGUGGCGAGAUGGACCCAGAUGUCCAAAUAGCUCUGGGCGUCUUGUUUUACGCAAGCAGCGACUUCGACCGUGCUAAGGAUUGUUUCGAAGCCGCCCUCGCGGUCCGCCCGAAGGACUAUCUGCUAUGGAAUAGACUGGGGUCGUCGCUCUCAAACGGCAGCAAGCCGGAAGAAGCUCUCGGUGCGUACCGAGAGGCACUCCAGUUGCGGCCUACAUAUACCCGUGCGAUCUACAAUGUCGGCGUAGCCUGCCUGAACAUAGGGGCGCACAAGGAAGCCGCGGAGCACAUGCUGGGAGCCCUUGCGAUGCAGGAGGUGUCAGGAGGUGCAAAGAGCGACCAGCUUUGGUACACGCUCCGGCGGGUGUUCCAGUCAAUGGGCCGGCAAGACCUGGCCGACAUGGCGAAGGCGACGACGGACGUGGAGGCGUUCCGCAGAGAGGGCUUUGACUUCUAGCCGUGCUUGCCUGUACGAUAGCGUUCGCUGCGUGACAAUGCCAGGCUUGCUCGAGACUCGGAGUCGAGAGGGACAGACGGUCAGCUGGCGCAGACCGGUGUAUGCUCGCGCGGGCAGGGCAGACUGAGGCCAGGAUCGAUGCGCCAAUGGGCGUCGCGUGAUUGGACAUCGAUGUGACGCGACGCGACGUGACUCCGGACCGCGUCCUCGAUCGCAGGGAUCGGCGGGGCUCUCUCAUCCGUGUUACUUAUAACAGCCCCUGAGUGACCAUG